GUGGGGGUGGUGCGAGUUGGCGAGAAGAAGAAGAAGAAGAAGACAACGACGAGGAGACGAGAGAAGCAUGAGGGACGAAGUGAAAAUGGACGCGAAUCGGCUAAUCGCCGAGGUUUACAAGCGGCCAGCGCUCUGGAAUCAGAGGCACAUCUCUUAUCACAAUCGCGAGGUGACCAACCGCGUCUGGAUGGAGAUCGCGGCGAUAUUCAAUCUGCCCAAACCGAUGCUGAAAGCGAAGUGGAAGGGUCUGCGUGAUACAUUCCGCGCUGAGCUGAAAAAGGACCAGGUAUACCGCAAGAGUAAAUUCCAUCGGAACCGGCCGGUAUGGAUUCAUUUUAAGAGCCUACAGUUCCUCAAGGAACAAAUGCUGCCACGGCCGCCGAUCUGGGAGCGCAGCGUUCCGAAAACGGAAGACGAUCUGCAACCGAGCGAAGGCGAGGGCGAGAAUGGCAUUCCGACUUCCGGUAUUGAUGGUGGCCUGGACGAUCGGGACGCGAUCGCCGAUCAUCUAUUGUCGAUGGCCGGCGACGGUAACGUUGGCCACCAUCAUCACCACCAUCAUCAUCAUCAUCACCAUCAACACAAGCUAGAUGGUACGGGUGGCGAUGGUCGGCGUGGCACAGUCGAUGUGAAACGCGAGCCCGAGGAGGGCUUUGAUAACCUGGAAUUCCAAAAUGUCAGCGAUAACUUGGCGGAGAACGAGAUGAUGCUGCAAAACAUCUCGCCCGAGCAGGUCCUAAUGAGUGACAGCGACGGCGGUCUUGCCGGCGUCGACCCGCUCGACGGCAGCUGUCGCUUCGACGACAACUACUAUUUCCUGAUGAGCUUGCUGCCGCACAUCCGCACCCUACCGGCCGACCGUAGGAUGCUGCUCAGAAUGCAAAUGCAGGAACUCGUUUACAAGGAGGUCUACAAGAAGGCUGCCGAUGGCGAGCAGACGGCAAAGACUUAACUGCCGCGUCACCGCAUCAGGCCGGCUCUUGAGACUCCUCUUCUCCCGUUGCAAUCAUAUAGUGUCGCGGGACGUCGGAAACGAGAAAUCAUACAAAUUUGUGCUAUACGUCGAAGUAAAUUGGUUUGUUUCAUAUGCUAUAAUUCAGCUCGUGACUGCACGGAGGAAGCGAGAGCUUCGGAGUAUUCACAAUCGUCCUCGAGAAAUAAAGAAUCAUUUAUAAUGAUUAUAUAGGAUUAUACAUUUGUAUGAUUCAAAAGAAAUAGGUGAAUUUUAAGAGAGUAUUCGAUCUAUUCACAAUAAGGAUGGAAAAAAGUGAAAUGGAUCCGGAAACGCUUCCUUGCCGAGUUAUAAAUACUUUUUACUCAUGACAGAAAUUGCCAAGAAAUUGUCGUUAAGGAAAUUGAUUUUCUUUCGCAGAAUUGCACGUUUCGCGUUGACGUCCUGGACUAUUAAAAAUGUUAAAAAAUAAUUCUGAAUAAAAUAGUUCUAAAUAGAACUGUUUCAAAUUUUGUUACAUAAAGCGAUAAUACAAGCGAUUUCAUUUAAAUAUAGAAAAAAAUGUGACUCAAAAUUUAUCUUUUCCAGAAUAAACAUCUAGUAACAGUAAAAACACCAAGUGACAUAAUAUCAAUAUUAUAAUUUCCUGCUCAACAAUAUAACUGUUACGUACAUGUGUUAUAUUUAUAUUACUGCAUGGAAAAUUAUAGUAUUAACGUUAAGUUACUAUUAGUUAGUUUAUACUGGAUUAUUAUUAAUCCGUCAAUCGAUAUAGCUACACUGUUUAACAAAAAAAAGAUCUUUUUUUUAGUAUAUGAACGUUGGGUAUUGAUUUCGUUUAUCAAAUUAUUAUGUCACAAUUGCAAAAAUUUAGUAUACUUUGGCAUAUUGUAAUUAGGAUAUAUGACGUACUGGUAAAAUUUUAUUGCAGUCAAAAUUAUGUUGUUAAAAUUGCCAGUCCUAAAAAAAUUUUUUUUUUUAAGAAUUAAAAAUCCCAACAGUACUUAUACUUAAUUUUGAUUGCAACAAAAUUUCUCUAAUACAUCACAUAUUGUAAUUAUAUGCUAAAAUCUAAAAUAGAUCUUUAUUGCAACCGCAAAUUUUUCCAAUUAAAUUGUGACUCGUGUGAUAGAGCAAUUUAUUAGUAAAGAGAAUUGUAUCCAAAAUACUACGGGAAACGAAUGUCUUUGUUUCUGUACAUUUUUUUAAAACAAUAUUAUUAAUUAUUACAAUAUUUAAAAAUUCUGCCAUAAACAAAAAAUUUCGGAAAGAAAUCGACGUAUAUAAUUUUUUCUAUCCUCAUUGAUAAUAUAAAUAGAAUACGCUGCUUAAGGUUGGUCAUCUAUUUCCGAAACAUUCUGUACAAAUGAAAAAUCUUUAUUUCUCAAAGGACAACCACUAAUUUUAAGAAGCAAGAAUAUUUUAUUAUUUAUUCCUUCCAUGCAACAUCGAUCGACGCAAGCUAUAACAGAAACCGCAGUUGAAAGUAGAAUUUAAAGUCAUUGAAUAAAUGACUGAAUUCCUCCUUGUAUUCACGGAUUGAAACGUAAUUGUUGGUCACACGAUCGAGGUUUAAAAAAAAAAACAAAAGAACCAACAGACUCUUUCUUCCGGAUAAAAGAAUUUUAAAAAG